UUCACAGCUUCACCUACGUUUAGUGUUUAAAAGGAUUCCCUGACUUGUUCUUCUCGUAUUUUUCCAUAAUUACUGGAAUUUUGAAUUGGGAAAAUUCAAUACUUUUCUUUCCCAAAACGAUCUGUUCUGUUUCGCUCAGUUUUUUCUGGAUUCAAUUUGUUUCUCUUUGCAGAUCUCAUUCUCGCGAUUAUAUUUGCUAGUCAGAGGCUUGUUGGGUUCUUUUUAUAAUGGCUGUACUAGAUGAUAUUGUCCAAAACGGCAGUGAAAAUCACCUACCAGGAGAAGUAAAGAAGCUUUUGAAAUCAUUGGCAUCUAGUUGGAGUGGUAGUGAUGUGAUUGAUACAAAUUCCUUGCAAGUGAUUCCAUUAAAGGGUGCAAUGACCAAUGAAGUUUUUCAGAUAAAUUGGUUUUCAGAAACAGGGGAACUCCUACAUAAGGUUCUUGUUCGUCUUUAUGGUGAAGGUGUGGAUCUCUUCUUUGACCGUGAGAAUGAGAUUAGAACUUUUGAGUGUAUGUCAAAGCAUGGUCAGGGGCCUCGUCUUCUCGCAAGGUUUUCUAAUGGACGAAUUGAAGAGUUCAUUCAUGCACGGACAUUAUCAGCUAUUGACUUGAGGGAUCCUGAAGUAUCUGCGCUUAUAGCAGCUAAGUUGAGGGACUUCCAUGAUCUUGAUAUGUCAAGCCCAAAGAAUAUCCAGCUCUGGGAUAGAAUGAAAAAUUGGCUUAAAGUGGCUCAAGGUUUGUGUUCUCCGGAUGAAGCAAAGAGUUUUGGUUUGGAUAGUUUGAGGGAGGAAAUUCUUAGUCUGGAAAGGGCAUUAUCUGGGGAAUAUCAGCGUAUCGGAUUUUGCCACAAUGACUUGCAGUAUGGCAACAUUAUGAUGGAUGAGGAAACAAGAGUGAUCACUAUAAUUGAUUACGAGUAUGCAAGUUACAACCCUGUUGCUUAUGAUCUUGCGAAUCACUUCUGUGAGAUGGCUGCAGAUUAUAGUUCCAAAGAACCUCAUAUUUUAGACUAUGGUCAAUAUCCAGAUUUAAAGGAGCGCCAGAGAUUUGUCUGUAUGUACCUCAGUUCUUCAGGUGAAGAGCCUACCGACAUCAAGGUGGAGCAAGUACUUGAAGACGUCGAGAAGUAUACUCUUGCAAGCCAUCUGCUUUGGGGCUUGUGGGGAAUAAUUUCGGACCAUGUCAAUGAAAUCGAUUUCAAUUACAUGGAGUAUGCUAGGCAGAGGUUUCAGCAAUACUGGCUACGAAAAUCCACACUUCUGGGAUAAUUCAGGCGCCUCUCUUCCUGUCUGACUGUUGUAUCAUGUAUGAGUAUUGUUGUAGAACAAUAAAUCAGAGAUAAAAAAAAAGGCAUACCUAGUGAACGAGGCUGCUGCCACUGCAGGGUCUGGGGAGAGACAUAAAGUAUGCAGCUUUAUCCCCACUUCAUGGAGAGGUUGUUUCCUGACUCAAACUCACGACCAAUAGGUCACAAUUGAGCAACCUUAUCAUUGUGCUGAGGCCUACCCACUAAUUCAGAGAUGUAAUACUUUAAUUUGUAUUCAAUAGAGGGUUUCUUCCAUGCUUUCAACAA